CCGCCAUCUAACUGUUGUAGCUUAACGGCUCUGUUUCCCAAAUAUCCAUCCACGUUGCCGCUAUCUUCCCACCCCGCCCAUUAACUGGGAAUGGGAAGUUUUGGGAAUGACCUGCCGUGACCCCCCCCCUCCCCCAUCCACCAACUGAUGGACGUUAACCACAUCAAUAUGCAGGGCGGUAAUUGUGAACCGGACAGGCCCGCUCAUCCCCGGAUUUUCCCAACCUGCGAAGCCGGGAAGAGCGACCACCAGCCGGGGGAACGCAGCGUGGACUUCCCGGUGUCUGUGGUUCUUCCUGCCGGCGGCACCGGCGAAAGAACCGGACUACAGACACCGAAACAGUUCUGCUCGUUUCUGGGUCGGCCGCUCAUAAGCUACACUAUCCAAGCUUUCGAGAGGGUGUCAUGGAUCCAGAGCAUUGUGGUUGUUGUUGCCAAAGAAAACGUAGACCUGAUGACGGACAUCAUCCAGCGCUUCCAGCACAGGAAGGUUCGAGUGGUACCAGGCGGCUCGACUCGUCACAGGUCGAUAUGUAACGGAGUCCUGGCUCUCGGUGAGGGGGAGGAGGCGGCGGCGGACAGACCAAAGGUGGUCAUCAUCCAUGAUGCCGUGCGGCCUUUCGUGGAGGAGGAUUUUCUGUACAAGAUAGCCAGGGCUGCCAAGGAACAAGGGGCAGCGGGAGCUAUCCGUCCUCUUGUUUCCACGGUGAUAGCGACCACAUCCGAGGGAUACCUGGAUCAUUCUCUGGAGCGAGCCAAGUACAGAGCCAGCGAGAUGCCUCAGGGAUUCACAUACGAUGUCAUCUAUGAAGCCUAUCAGAGGUGCAGUGAGUCAGACUUUGAGUUUGGCACCGAGUGUCUCCAUCUGGCAUUGCAGUACUGUGGCACCAAUGCCAAGCUCAUCCAGGGUCCGCCAACACUGUGGAAGGUGACCUACAAAAGGGAUUUGGCUGCUGCAGAGUCUAUUAUCAAAGAGACUCUGUCGCAGUCGGCCUGCGCUGUCACAGGUGGAUCCACACAAGCUGUGACGCUGGCUGAUGCCCUCCAGAAGGCUGUUGGAGCUCUUGACAUGGAGUUGGAUGUCAUCCCAGAUCUGAUGGGAGAAAACGCCAGGUAUCUAUUAAAGGAGUGGAACUUCAUCCAGGUUUCUGUCAAUCGUUCCUGCCUGUCUGAACUGGAGGCCUUGUUGACGGAUUUGGAGGCAGCAAAUCGGGCUCUUCUCCAUCCGCUGGUCGUCAUUUGGGUGCAUUUGAGCGCUUCAGAUGAGCUGUCCAUCAGUGAGAGAAUGGCAGAGCCAGCAACUAUCAUGGACCUGGCCGCGGCAGCCAAGCUCCGUAAUAUUCUCCUCUACGGCAUCCAGCUUCAUCAAUCAAAGGACACAGAGCGUUGGGAGAGGUCAGUCUUGAAGGUCGCUGAGAUCACAUCAGCCCUGAUCCGGGAGAGGAGCCCUGCCCUGGUGGGACAGCUUCUGCAGGCGUGAGGGGAAGCAGCACCACCAGGAAAUCCCCCUCGGUGUGCCACAUGAACGCUGCAUGGAUGAGACGUCCUUUUUGUCUGUUCUAAAUCCAUCUCUUUAUCAGAUAUAACAAGGUUAAAGGGAUACUCCCACGAUCAAGUCCUGCUGCCCCAUAAAGUUUGGGGACUUUCUAGAGAUCAACUUGAAAAAAUAGCUUUUAAAAUCAAAGCAGCAGAGGCAGAGAUAUCCUGAGUUUUAUUCCCAGGUGUGCUUCAAGCUCCACAAUCCUUAACUUUCUAUCCAAUUCAGUAGCAUCAUUUUGCUGAAUCCUACCCUGCCUGGUAAACCGGACUGUUGUAACGCAGGUUUCUGCUAAAAAUGUGGCAGUGAAAGGUUCAGCUAGUCUUUACUAUAGUCAACCAACAUUUAACCGCAGUGGUUUAGUCUAAAACAUGUUUGGUUGGUAAAAUGGCAGAUGCACCAGUAAUGUGGACCAGUCUCCUCUCCACAUUAGUCACAAAAACUUCCCCGUAUUUGCAAUCACUGAUGAGAAGUUAAAACUGACUGAUUUUAAAGCUGCUGUAUGUUUUUCUUGUUUUUUAGUCCCCAGUUUUGUCCUCUUCAAUAAACCACAAAAGAGCAGGGAGGAUCAUAGUUCAUGUGAAUGAUUGAGUGUGUUUAAGUAGCACCUAUGCGAACACUGUCACUGCUGUAAGUUGGAGGCUACCUAUCAUCCAGGCUUUGUAUAAGCAACAAAUGUGUUUACGAUAAUCAUUUGGUAACCACGGUAGUCAUAUUCACUGCUUGAAUCGGACUUUAUUGUAGCAGUUCCCUUCCUAAAAUUACUGUGAAAGACGCCUCUGUUUCGUCCUGUUCAUACGUGGUCGUCAUUAUUCAUUAAACGAGUGCUGACUAAUAAUGCUCAUAAUCAGUUAUUUCUAUUUGUGGGCUUUGUGGGCACCAGAUAUUUGAAAUGAUAUACAUGAGAAGCAGUAAAGUGCAGAAUGACCUGCUGUCAGACUUUGAUUUCAUGGGUCCUGCUGAUGAUCGCAGGAUGACAGCCCCCAAAACCGUCAGUCCAGAUGAGCUGAUACUUACUGUUGUAAAAGAUGUGUAUGAACAUGAACAACAGUAUAUACCCCCACCCCCCAAAAUGCUGUCAAAUGGUUUAUCAGUGAGAUGAAGUGAGUGAUUGAGGAGCACGUUGGGUGCUAUUGAUAACAGUACAACUACUGUACUGGAUAAAGUGAACACUAAUGUAUUAAGAGGGUGUUAUAUUUUUGUACUCCAUUAAAACAAUAAAUAUGGUGUAAUAAAGAUGUUUUUCGUAUUA